AUGUACCCCAACUCACAGCCGGCCAGACACCCGGCUCAGACACUGUCACUGAACAGUCAGUACAUCCCGCCUACCUAUGAUUUCCACGGUUAUCAUCACGUCGACCCGUCGACAAGUGCCUGGAACAGCGUUUACGCUCCCCGGGAGGAGUAUCCGUACAGCUUCCCGGGGUCAAGCCCCAGCGCCGGGCAGGUUAGUUUCACCUCCGCGGACCUGAGCGGCACGCCCACCGCCGCUGGAGGGGGGUCGUUCACACCCUACAACUUUAUCUCCGGCCAGGACCCCUUCUGCUCCAAGAGAAGAACACAUGAAUCCAUCAGACCGUCCGUUUCAGCAGGGAAGACUCGCACCAAGGACAAGUACAGAGUAGUGUACACUGACCAGCAGCGCAUGGAGCUGGAGAAGGAGUUUCAGUGCAACCGCUACAUCACAAUGAGGCGAAAGACUGAGCUGUCCGUGACGCUGAGCCUCUCCGAGAGACAGGUGAAGAUCUGGUUUCAGAACAGACGUGCCAAAGAGAGGAAGAUAAACAGGAAGAAGCUGCAGCAUUCCCAGCAGGCCUCUACUACCACGCCUACCCCACCCGUGUUGGGAGGACCUACUGACACCCACAUCACAGCCAGCCCAAGCAGGAACAUUUUGUCUGAUACAAUAUCAGAGAAAUACUAG